AUGAAGGCAGGCUGUGCAGCAGGGAACUCUGGGAAUGAAUGGAUUUUCUCCAGCACCAGUGAAAGAAAUCUGACUUUUAACACAUACACUAUAAAGGACACAAUGUGUGGCCGAAGACUGAAGAGAUCUGUUGCUUUUUGGGCAUUUGUUUUCAUAAGGACAGUUACCGGGCUUGCCGGAGAAGGAAGAUCUGUGUGGGAAAAGGACCUUAGCUUCAGUCCUGUGAAUGGCACUCAGAUGUUUCUGUAUGACACUUUCCCCAAAAAAUUUCUUUGGGGAGUAGGCACUGGAGCAUUUCAGGUGGAAGGCAGCUGGAGGAAGGAUGGAAAGGGACCCUCAAUAUGGGACCACUUCGUUCACUCAGAUUUCAGAGGUGCUGCCAGCAUAGAUGACUCCAGCAACAGUUACACUUUUCUGGACAAAGACUUGUCAGCUCUGGAUUUUUUGGGAGUUACUUUUUAUCAGUUUUCAAUUUCAUGGCCAAGGCUCUUUCCCACAGGGGUGAUAGCAAAUGCCAACGAAAAAGGACUCCACUACUACAAUACUCUCAUUGACUCUCUAGUCCACAGAAAUAUUGAGCCCAUAAUAACUCUGUACCACUGGGACUUGCCUUUGGCACUGCAAGAAAAAUAUGGGGGGUGGAAAAAUGAAUCAGUAAUUGAUAUCUUCAACAACUAUGCAGCUUUUUGUUUCCAAAUUUUUGGGGACCGCGUUAAAUACUGGAUUACAAUCCACAAUCCUUAUUUAGUUGCCUGGCAUGGGUAUGGUACAGGUAUGCAUGCACCUGGAGAGAGAGGGAAAAUAGCAGCUGUCUACACUGUAGGACACAAUCUGAUCAAGGCUCAUGCAAAAGUUUGGCAUAACUACAACACACGCUUUCGGCCAUAUCAGAAGGGGUUUUUGUCAAUAACCUUGGGAUCCCACUGGAUUGAACCUAACAAAUCAGAUGAUACUUUGGACAUUAAUAAGUGUCAGCAGUCCAUGGAGAGAGUGCUAGGAUGGUUUGCCAAGCCCAUUCAUGGGGAUGGGGAUUACCCAGAAGAACUGAAAAAUAAAUUAUAUUCUUUUCUGCCCAAUUUUACUGAGGCUGAGAAAAACUAUAUAAAAGGAACAGCUGACUUCUUUGCAUUUUCCUUUGGUCCUAAUAAUUUUAAACCCCCAAACACACUAGCUAAAAUGGGACAAAAUUUGUCACUCAAUUUGAGGGAAGUACUGAAUUGGAUUAAAUUGGAAUACACCAAUCCCAGAAUCCUGAUUGCAGAGAAUGGUUGGUUCACUGACAGCCAUGUGAAAACAGAAGACACCACAGCCAUCUACAUGAUGAAGAACUUCAUUAAUAAGGUUUUACAAGCUAUUAAAUACGACAGAAUAAAUGUGUUUGGUUACACAGCCUGGUCUCUCCUUGAUGGCUUUGAAUGGCAACAUGCCUACAGCACUAGACGUGGAUUAUUUUAUGUAGAUUUCAACAGUAAACAGAAAGAAAGGAUUCCAAAGUCAUCUGCACUGUAUUACAAGGAAAUAAUUCAAAAAAAUGGCUUCUUUCUGAAAGAGUCUACUGCAGAUUUGCAAAGUCAAUUUCCCUGUGACUUCUCCUGGGGUAUCACAGAGUCCGUUCUUAAGGCAGAAUCUGUAGCUUCCUCUCCACAGUUCUGUGACCCUAACCUGUAUCUCUGGAACAUCACUGGAGACGGGCUUUUGCACCGAGUUAAAGGAGUGAAGCUGAAAACCCGACCAGCUCAGUGUACAGACUUUGUCAGUAUUAAAAAACAACUUGAUCUCCUGGAAAAAAUGAAAGUAACACAUUACAGAUUUGCACUUGACUGGUCAUUAAUUUUACCUAAUGGGGAUUUGUCAACCAUCAAUAGACAAGUUCUCAGAUAUUACAGAUGUGUGAUUAGUGAGCUACUGAAACUCAACAUUAAAUCUAUGGUCACCUUAUACUAUCCAACUCAUGCCUACUUAGGCUUGCCUGGUCCUUUGUUGCAGAGAGGAGGAUGGCUAAAUCAGUCUACUGUUCAGGCUUUUCAGAACUAUGCAGCUUUGUGUUUUCAGGAACUUGGUGACUUGGUUAAACUCUGGAUCACCAUAAAUGAGCCAAACAGAUUAAGCGAUGUCUAUAAUAGCAGCAGCAAUGAUACGUAUCAGGCAGCACACAAUUUACUGAUAGCACAUGCCAGGGCCUGGCAAAUAUAUGACAAGCAGUAUAGAUCAUUUCAGCAUGGACUAGUGUCUUUGUCUCUGCAUUCAGAUUGGGCUGAGCCUGCCAAUCCCUAUUUUGAUUCUCACUUAAAAGCUGCUGAAAGAUUUCUUCAAUUUGAAAUAGCCUGGUUUGCAGAUCCAAUUUUUAAGACAGGGGAUUAUCCAGCAGCCAUGAGGGAAUACAUUGUAUCUAAAAACAAAAAAGGCCUCUCAGGUUCCUUCUUGCCAUAUUUCACAGAUGAAGAAAAGAAACUUGUUAAAGGUGCAGCUGAUUUUUAUGCACUGAAUCAUUUUACCACAAGAUUUGUGAUUCAUGAACUUCAAAAUGGGAGCUGGUAUGAAUUUGAUCGGGAUGUUCAAUUCCUGCAGGAUAUCACAUGCCUGAGUUCCCCAUCUCGUUUGGCAGUGGUGCCCUGGGGGAUGCGCAAAGUUCUAAAAUGGAUUAAAAAAACCUAUGGUGAUAUAGAUGUUUACAUCACAGCAAAUGGGAUCGACGACCAGUCUUUGGCUAAUGAUGAACUUCGAAACUAUUACUUAGGAAAAUACACCCAAGAGGUUUUAAAAGCAUAUCAUACUGAUAAAGUAAAGAUUAGAGGCUAUUAUGCAUUUAAACUGACUGAAGAAAAAUCAAAACCCAGAUUUGGAUUCUUCACUUCUGAUUCAAGAGCCAAGUCUUCAAUACAAAUUUACAACAACCUGAUUAGCAGCAAUGGCUUUCCUGCAGAGUAUUCUAGUGAUCUAUGUGAUCAAUCAGAGGAAAAAACACAGUGUACCUUCUGUUUAUUUCUCUCACAGAAGAAGCCUCUGAUAUUCUUUGGCUGCUGUCUUUUCUCCACUUUUGUCCUGCUUCUAACAAUUAUAAUUUUUCACAAAAGAAAAAGAAGAAAAGUGUAUAGGGCAAAAAAUUUCCAACACAUCUGUCCCCCAUUUAAAAAGGGACACAAAGCUACUCUCAACUAG